AGAUGGGACGCUUUCGCAGAGUGAGGAUGAUGAGGAUUCUAGCGACGACGACGAAUAAGAUGGGCAAGAUGAGGACGAAGAUGAGGAGGAGGAACUUGACAGCGAUGAGGUCCCUUCUUCGGACGAGGAGCGGGAAAGGGAGGAAAACGUCCCCAACGGAGAUGGCUAGAAAGAGCCGAAAAUUGUGCUCGACUCUACUGGGAAUCCUAGAUAUAUGUAUCCCGAGAUUGACCCGGUGUAUGAUUCCGACGACACAGAUGUCGAGGAGGCAAAUACUAUCGGGAAUAUUCCUUUAGAAUUCUACGACGAGUACCCACACAUUGGAUACGAUAUCAAUGGCAAGAAGUUAAUGCGCCCGGCCAAGGGUGCUGCGCUAGAUGCACUUCUCGACAGUAUUGAGGUUCCGAAGGGAUGGACUGGCAUGACGGAUCGGAAUACCGGCGGUGACUUGAUGCUCACUCAGGAGGAGCUGGAAAUGGUCAGGAAAAUACAAAUGGGAGAGGUGCCGGUGGACGGAUAUGAUCCCUAUGCUCCAAUGGUGGAAUACUUUACAUCCAAAACCGAAGUAAUGCCGCUGAGCGCUGCGCCCGAGCCCAAACGCCGCUUCAUCCCAUCGAAACACGAAGCGAAGCGGGUAAUGAAGAUCGUUAAAGCCAUCCGCGAGGGUAGAAUAGUCCCCAACAAGCCCAAAGAAGAGGAACCGCAAUUCUACGAUAUCUGGGCAGACGACGCACCCUCCCGACCAGAUCACAUCAUGAACAUCCCUGCACCGAAGCUACCUCCGCCAACGCACGACGAAUCAUACAACCCACCGGCGGAGUACCUGCCAACGAAAGACGAGAAGAAAGCGUGGGAGGAGCUCGACCCCGAGGACCGGGAUAAGGACUACCUUCCGAGGAAAUACUCCGCUCUGAGACUGGUCCCUGGAUACGAUGGGUUCGUUAGGGAGCGGUUCGAGAGGUGCCUAGAUCUCUACCUUGCACCUAGAGUGCGUAGGAAUAAAUUGAAUAUCGACCCUGAGAGUUUACUUCCCAAGUUGCCAAGCCCACAGGAGUUGAAGCCAUUCCCAACUACCACUGCUACUAUCUACCGUGGCCACGAGGGGAAGGUACGAACGCUUGGUAUCGACCCUAGUGGAGUAUGGUUGGCCACGGGCGGUGAUGAUGGGACUGUUAGGAUCUGGGAAGUUCUAACCGGCAGAGAGGUAUGGAAGGUCAAGCUGGGGGAGGAUGAGUCUGUGAACACAGUGAAAUGGAGGCCAGGGAGAGAAGCAGGGAUUCUUGCAGCGGCGGCAGGCGACGACGUGUACCUGAUAAUGCCCCCGAUAUUCGAUCACGAGACGGAGGCUGCCGGUAAAGAGGUCCUCUCGGUAGGUUGGGGAUACGCGGAGGUUGUAAAGAAAAAUUCAUUAAAGAAGGAGCCCCCAGCCAAAUGGAGUAAACCAUCGGACAAGCUUGCAGAAGUUGGGGUCGCUGCAAUAGUCACAGUGCGAAUCUCCGUAAAGCACAUUUCCUGGCAUAGGCGUGGUGAUUAUUUUGCUACGGUCUCACCGGAGGGCCAAAACCGAGCCGUCGCAAUCCACCAACUCUCGAAACACCAGUCCCAAUCCCCCUUCCGCAAAUCAAAAGGUAUAGUCCAACGCGUGGAAUUCCACCCCUUCCGCCCGAUCCUAUUCGUAGCAACGCAACGCUACAUCCGGGUCUACGACCUGGCAAAGCAAGAACUAACCAAAACGCUGCAACCGGGCUCCCGAUGGAUCUCGUCCUUUGACGUGCACAGCGGCGGCGACAACCUCAUCGUUGGAUCGUACGAUAAGCGCCUCCUCUGGCACGACCUGGACCUCUCCACGAAGCCGUAUAGAACGCUCCGGUACCACCAGAAGGCCAUCCGGAGCGUCAAGUACCACCAGGGUGGCUUGCCGCUGUUCUGUUCUGCGAGCGAUGAUGGCACGGUGCAAGUUUUCCAUGGGAAAGUGUUUGGCGACCUCAUGGAGAAUGCGCUGAUCGUGCCGCUGAAGGUGCUGAGAGGACAUGUGGUUAAGCAGGCGCUUGGGGUGUUGGAUGUGGAAUGGCAUCCGAGAGAGUGCUGGCUGUUUUCUGCUGGGGCGGAUGGGACAGCGAGGUUGUGGAAUUAAUGCCAUCGAAGUCGGGGUUUGUUGUGUAGGUGUUUACAGAUGUAGCGACAAGUUUUUUGUUAUUAAAUCUUGUAAGAUAGGGUAUCAUAGGGUACUAUACUAUA